AUGGCUGAUAGACAACGAGGUGCAGCUGGCGACAGGGAGGGCGAGCCACGAGAGUUACCAGCUGACCCCGCUGCGGUCACGCCAUUGUCGUUGCGGGAUCGGAGCUGUGCGAGGAACCUUCUCGCUUCAUUCGGCGAAGAUGAUGCGGACGUUGAUGACUUGGAGUACAGACGCGAGCUGCAGAUUAUGCUCGUCCUCGGCGUAAAGGGUGAGAUCCAAGCUGUGGAUGACGUGGGCGACCUGACGAGAUGGCUCGACCGUAGCCUACUGUGUGCGCUCGCUGGCCUCCAAUUCUGA